ACGGUCUUGUUGUACAAUGGAGGAUGUAAAGCAGAUGUUGGUACAGCCUGUACUAAUGAUCCUGUGAGUAACUGUACUACAGAGGAGAUCUGUAGUGAUGGAUCAUGUGCCUGUGACACGACAACUCAUUACGAAAGUGGAUCAACCUGUGUAACAAGAUUAAAUCCAGGAAUGACAUGCACUUCAUUACCAACAAAUGCAUGCAAGGACAACUCUGUGUGUACCACCAAUAAUGAGUGUACCUGUAAUGAGGGUUACUAUGACAGUGAUGGCUCGACAGCCACUAGUGGGAUAUGUACUGCAAAGAUCGCAUUGAGCCAGACCUGUAGUAAUAGUUUAGUAGGAGUUGUCCAGUGUGUGACCAGUGGAGCUGAUUGUGCUACUGACAACAAAUGUAGAUGUAACACAGGAACAUUUGAUGGCAAUGGGUUUGGUACAGCUGAUGGUGUGUGUGUAGACAUAAACAACCUAGUGGUAAGUUCAGUGGGAUACUCAAACCUUGGGACCAACUCUGUCACUAUCAGCUGGGCAGCCCCGUCCACUUACAGUAGUCAGGUCACCAGGUACGAAGUGACAUGGACCAGUACUGCAGGAAAUGGCAACAAAAUUGGUGAUACAUCUACAUCUCUGGAAGUCACAGGAUUACAGUCAGCAUCACAAUACAGCUUCUAUGUAAGGACGAUUGAAUCUGGAAGUCAGACCACUGAACAACUAGUAACAACAACAACACCAUUGAUGGUUACAACAAAAAGCCUACUGGGAAACACAUGUGGUGACUGUGCUGACCCAAAUGCCAUUUGUAGUACCAAAUGUGUGUGUGAUUCUGGUUACUAUGACAGCGAUGGAGAUACUACUAAUGUUGGUGGUACAUGUACUCAAAAGAUCGCAUUGAGCCAGACCUGUAGUAAUAGUUUAGUAGGAGUUGUCCAGUGUGUGACCAGUGGAGCUGAUUGUGCUACUGACAACAAAUGUAGAUGUAACACAGGAACAUUUGAUAGCAAUGGGUUUGGUACAGCUGAUGGUGAAUGUGUCAAUAUAAACAACCUAGUGGUAAGUUCAGUGGGAUACUCAAACCUUGGGACCAACUCUGUCACUAUCAGCUGGGCAGCCCCGUCCACUUACAGUAGUCAGGUCACCAGGUACGAGGUGACAUGGACCAGUACUGCAGGAAAUAGCAACAAAAUUGGUGAUACAUCUACAUCUCUGGAAGUCACAGGAUUACAGUCAGCAUCACAAUACAGCUUCUAUGUAAGGACGAUUGAAUCUGGAAGUCAGACCACUGAACAACUAGUAACAACAACAACACCAUUGAUGGUUACAACAAAAAGCCUACUGGGAAACACAUGUGGUGACUGUGCUGACCCAAAUGCCAUUUGUAGUACCAAAUGUGUGUGUGAUUCUGGUUACUAUGACAGCGAUGGAGAUACUACUAAUGUUGGUGGUACAUGUACUCAAA